AUGAGAGAUCCAGAACCCUGCAGAAUCAAACACACUGAAGAUACCGAAGAACAAACAGAGCUGAUGGAAGAGAACGAGGAGAGUCAAGAACUGAGUGAAGUGGAGGAAAUAUUUCAUGACAAACCUGGAGAAAAACCUUGCUCAAAGACUGAGAAAACAUUUUUAAAGAAAAGAACAGCCAAGAAAUCUUUCACCUGCACUCAGUGUGGAAAGAGUUUCACAAACAAACAACAUCUUGUUGAUCACAUGAGAGUUCAUUCUGGAGAGAAGCUAUUCACUUGUGAUCAGUGCAGAAAGAGUUUCACUGUUAAAAGUCACCUGAAGAUACACAUGAGGAUCUAUGCAGGGAAGAGUUUCACACAAUCAUCAAACCUUAAAUUACACAUCAGAAUCCACACAGGAGAGAAGCUAUUCACUUGUGAUCAAUGUGGGAAGAGUUUCACAUACAAAGAAAGCCUGAAGAGUCACAUGAGGAUCCACACCGGAGAGAAACCGUUCACAUGUGAUCAAUGCGGCACAACGUGUUCGAGAGCAUCAGACCUGAAGAAACACCUGAGAGUUCAUACGAAGGAGAAGCCACAUUCAUGUUCUUUAUGUGGAAAGAGUUUUUCUCAGCUGCAAAACUUACAUAGACAUGAGAAAACACAUACUGAUGUAAGAGAUCAUGUGUGCUUUCAGUGUGGGAAGAGUUUUAUUUCAGCAAACUGUUUAAAACUGCACCAGAGGAUUCAUUCUGGAGAGAAACCUUACAAGUGUUCACACUGUGACAAGAGAUUCAGUGUGUCAUCAAAUCUGAGAAAACAUGAGAGGAUCCACACUGGAGAGAAACCUUAUAAGUGUUCACACUGCGAUAUGAGAUUCAGUGAUUCAGGACAGCUGAGAAAACACGAGAGGAUCCACAGCAGAGAGAAACUGCACACGUGUGAUCAUUGCAGAAAGAGUUUCAAUGUUAAAAGUCACCUGAGGAUCCAUGCAGUGGAGAAACCAGACCACCGCAGUCUGAAAUCACAAACUACCAGAAAGCAUUUGGAAAGAGAGAACAGAGAGAACAUGAGUGAUCCAGAGCCAGCAGAAUGAAACCUCAUGACACUGAGGUACAAAGAGGAUGGUGUUUAUUCUUGAUUCUUCAUUCAUCAACCUGAAAAACAUGCUGAUGCUCACUCUGAUGCUCACUCAACAACAACAACAAAAACAACAACAACAA